AUCUCUAUAAAUUAAUAAAGUUUUAGUUUUAGUUUUAGAUUCUCUUCUUUUUGAUUUCUUGAAUUUGAAACUAGGAUGGACAUGAUCAGUGAGUUGACGGAUGAUUUGAUCUUGAAGAUAAUGUCAUCACUUCCUUUUAAACAAGUGAUAGCCACAAGUGUCUUGUCGAAACGGUGGCGAUCUCUAUGGAAGUUGGUGCCGAAACUCAACGCUGGUGAAAAUGAAUGUAUCAUUGGAUCUGACUUUUACAGCUCUCUGGCGGUUAGUAAUCCUUAGGUUCUAGAGAGGGUGGAUUUAAAGCUUAUCACAGAUUAUCAUUUUGACAGGAUUGAACUUUGGGUUAAACCCGCAGUUUAUUGCGGUUUGAGAGAGCUAAGAAUCGAGAUGCUUUACACUUCCAUGAAAUUGCCGGUUUGUGUAUAUGCGUGUGGAACACUCAAAACCUUGAUACUAUGCAGACUACAUCUCGUGGAUGUUCCGCCAUCGGUUUGUUUGUCGUCCCUCAAAACUCUUUGCCUUUUAUCCAUGAAGUUCUCAUGCGACGAAUCUGUUCAAAGGCUUUUAAGCAUUUGCCCUGUUCUUGAAGAUUUGGUUGUACGAAGAUCCACUUAUACCAGUGUGGAGAUUUUCACUAUAAAUGUGUCUACUUUGAGUAGUUUAUCUAUCGAUUAUUCAAGGGCGGUAUCUCAACCCGCUCGUGUUCAUGGAUUUGUUAUUAAUGUUCCUUCUUUGAGGUACUUGAACAUUAGAGACCAUUUCAGUAACCUUUUAAUGUUUACAAAUAUGCGGGAGCUUGUUAAGGCGAAUGUCGAGGUUGUUUGUAAUCAAUCUGAGAGUUUAAUAGGAUCCCUUACCGCAGUCCGACAUCUCUCUUUGUGCUCAAAAAUUUCAAAUAUUCCAUACCAUCGAGACACUUUCGGCUUCUUUCUUGAACAUCUAGAGCUGUGUACUUGUUGUACGGAGUGGUGGAAUUUACUUACCCGUAUACUCAAAGACGCUCCAAGACUUCGAGUUCUCAAGCUUAAGUCGAUACAUUGUGCUCAUUACAAUGACCCAAUGGAUCGCUGGAACCAACCGAGUUCUGUUCCUGAAUGUUUAUUAACACAUCUUGAGAUUUUGGAGUGGAGACAGUACAAAGGCACAAAGCCAGAGAAACAGGUGGCAAAGUACAUCUUAGCAAAAGCGGUUCAUCUAAAGAUGGCGACAUUCUCCUCAAAAUCUACAGAGAAACAUCAUAUGUUCAACAAGUUAAAGUCUGUCUCCAUAUGUUCAAAGGCAUGUCAACGUGUGUUCAACUGAAAUUAUCUAUGACCAUGUCUUCAAUUCACUUAGUUUGAACUCUUUGGAAACUGGAACUUGGUAUUCAUUUACUACAACGCAAGAACAGUUUACAUAACACAAUCCUAGAGACACCAAAAACAGUGCUAUCAAUGCUCAUAUUUAU